UCUUUGGCUUUCUCACGAUUGUGGCAAGGCCGACAGAGGUGUCUAAAGUGCAGUUGGAAAGAGAAAUGUUGAGAGACAUCAUUCAAAUAACAUAAUUACUUGUUAGAUUUCAGAGCUUCUGACUCUUAAUGAGAACAUUAAUUCAUAAACCAUGCUUGUGAUUGCAUGAAUUACAUUACACUGAACUGGUUUAGGUAAAUGACAGUAUUAUUUUUUCAGCAAAUGGAAUUUUUGUGCAUCUACUUAUGGUUUUAAAAGUCAGGAAAUAUACAAGUACACACAAAUGCAUUUAUAUUUAAUUUUGCAGUUUUCCCUAUAGAGAACAUGCUUCAUUUUGUUCAUUUAUGGGACUGAAUGCACAGAUAACUUGAAAUGCUGCUGAUAAAUACAACUGUGCAAACCCCAAUUACAGCCAAGCAACUCAAAUUAAUGCCAUACAGUCUCCCAGGCUUCCUGAAAGAUCCGAACAAGGUCACUUGGCCUCUAGAGUCUUGGUCCUUAUCAAUAGAAAUAAGCUAAUAAUAAAUCUCAGUUCCAUGAGACCACUGUGGAUCUUGUGUUCCUUACAAGUCCCCAAUAGAAAGCCCAGUCCGCAUAAGUGGAAAGGAAUGUUAUUAGCACACUUGCUUCACAAGUCUUCUCUGCUCUUCCUCCCCAAAGCUGAAGAUACUAAGACAAGAGCUACAGUUCACAGAAAGAAAGCAGACAGCGUCCCUUUAUAAAUGGGAGCAUGCAGCUGUGUUGCUCUCAGGAUAAAGGCAUCAAUUUUAUUCCUCUCUGUGGAAUGAAGUCUAAUUAUACAGGGCAAGACAUAGAGACCCUACUGCAAGUGUCCUAAGAAUGCCCUCCCAUUUUACUGAAUAAGGGGCCUUCAGCCCUUUCCACUGAUAAAGCAUUAGCAGUGCAGCUCACUUGGAAGCCCCUGUCUACUAUCCUAUAGAUCCUUGUCCAGUGCAAAGCAAAGGGAGGUCUUAGAAUCACAAAGCCGUUACUAUGGUAGCCGUCCUUCUCACUCGCAUUCCCACCAUUAUGGAAUUAUCCCUUUCUGAAAUGUCCUGUUGUGUCUGUAGCACUAGAUUUCCCCUCCCCUUCUGCAAUACUCUCCAAGACCUCUAAAGGCACCGUGUAAAAGGCAGAGGUCCAAACAGAGGCUUUAAUGAGCAGGGGAAACAUUGGAAUAUUCAUAAAUACAAUAAUAAUUAGCAACUCCCUCCUCCAACAGCUUAGCUGGAAUUAAGAGUGUCUUUCACAACAGGCAUGUUAUCUCCCCUCCUCUUCUGUGAGCAAGAUGAUAAAGGACUACCACACCUAGCAGAACUCUAUAUAGUGCAGCUCCCUUUUCACUGAACUUCCUACAGUCAACCCGAUGGAAUUUUUUACAGCUGUGUUCUUUUUCCUAAAUUUGCUGGUGUUAUAAAGAGCUCAAAGCUUUUCAUCACAACUCGAUCGGACUGCAAGCAAACUGCAAGAGGCUCAUACUGAAGACCAAUUGUGAGGAAUGAACAGCCAAGCAGACUCUUCAGGCCUGUUACUCAACAUUUCCCUGUUAAAUUCAGAGCAAUGUGGCAAAGAGAGUCACACGGAAAACAUCCUUUUUGCUAUUUUCUACCUUCUCGAUUUCAUCCUAGCCUUUUUGGGCAAUGUUUUGGCACUCUGGCUCUUCAUUCGGGACCAAAAAUCAGAUACCCCUGCCAACGUUUUCCUGAUGCAUCUUGCUGUAGCCGAUCUGUCUUUUGUGCUCAUCUUACCAACUCGGUUGGUCUACCACUUUUCAGGCAAUCACUGGCCAUUUGGAGAGCUCCCUUGCCGACUCACAGGGUUUCUUUUCUACCUCAACAUGUAUGCGAGCAUCUACUUCCUCAUGUGCAUCAGCAUAGAUCGCUUCUUAGCUAUCGUGCAUCCUGUGAAGUCCCUCAAACUCCGCAGGUCACUCUAUGCUCAUUUGACCUGUGCCUUCCUGUGGGUUAUAGUUGCCGUGGCCAUGGCACCUCUUUUGAUCAGUGUGCAGACGGUUGAGAUGAAUAAUACCACCGUCUGCCUCCAACUCUACAGAGAGAAAGCAUCACGCCACGCUCUUGUCUCCCUGGCUGUUGCAUUCACUUUCCCAUUUUUUACUACAGUAACCUGCUACUUACUGAUCAUACGAAGCCUGAAGAAGGGGCACCGCAUUGAAAAUCAUCUAAAGGAAAAAGCCAUCAAAAUGAUAAUCAUGGUUCUUACAAUCUUCUUGGUCUGCUUUGUGCCCUAUCAUGUCAACCGCUACAUUUAUAUCCUUAAUUAUGAUGGUGUGAAGACUUCUUGUGCAAUGCAGAGGAUCCUGGCACUUGGCAAUCGCAUUACUUCAUGCCUCACAAGCUUAAAUGGCGCCCUAGAUCCUGUCAUGUAUUUUUUUGUCGCUGAAAAGUUUCAAGAGGCCUUGUGUGGUUUGUUUUGCCCCAAAAAAGUUGCAAGAUUACCUUCAAGUUAUGAUGGGAAAACAAAUGAUAGCUCUUUAAGUGCUAAAUCUGAACUGUAAAUACCUGAAAACAAAAUACUCCCUUAACAAAAGUUUGCUGUCCAGUAUGAUCUCCUAGAAAGAAGUGCUUUUCUACAAAAACACAAGAUCUAAUACUUAAUUGUUAAGGAAACAAAACAUAUACAACAAUCCUAACUGGGAAGGAGUAGUGAGGUGGCAAAUGCUACCAUUUCAAAAGCCCUGCUAUUCCUUGUUGGCCAGGAUGAAUAGUAUCUCCCUUUUUUUUGCCUUCUCCCUAGGAAUUUUUAAUUAUUUGGAUGGGUGAGUGGGGGGAAUUACAGAGAUACUAGUUUCAAAGACUAGCAGGACACAUUAUUCUUUUGAUUUUCUGGAAUACUCUUUUGAAUGUUAUUAUCAGUGGAAAUAUUGCCAAUAAUAUUUUUCAUAAGCAUUCUUUGGAUCUACAGACAAUUAAGAGACAACUUUACCUUAUCAUAACCAUUUCAAGAAUCAGAUCAGAUUGUGUGAAAUUAUGAAUCUUGUGAUAAUUUUUGCAUAGCAAAUAGCACCAAGUAAUAAUUCCAUUAGGAUAUAAAUUGAAAUUUCAGUGAACAAAAGUUUGGUAACUUCUCCAGAAAAUAAAUGUUCAUAAAUGAUGAAAGAAUUGACGGUUUAAAAUAUUAAAACAGUGGAUAGAAAAGUUUUAGUAAUAUCCAAGAGCUGUCCAAUCCUAUUUUCUGCAGUCUGCAAUAUAACAAGGCAGGCAAGAAUUCAGCCACAAAGUUGUUCAACAUUUACAUCUACAGUGCAAACUUUUGAGAGGUUUAUGAAUAUGGUGUUUAGUUUUAAACAAGCUUUAUAAUUCUCCCACCAUAGUUGUAGAAGUAUACAAAAGCUGCUGAUGCUUUUUUUACACCUCAAGAUGAAUAAACUGCAAACAUCACAUUUGAACAACAUGUUCCUUUUAAUUACAGCUUUGGCUGUAGAUACUCUUUUCAAUAGCAGUGAAUACACAAACCACAAUUUAUGUUAUAUGCAGAUUUUUUAAAUAUGACUGAAUAUGGUUAAUGAAUUCUUAGAGAACUUGCUACAAAUCAUUAACUUAAUUCACUUUAAUAAUGUAAGAUGUAAGUCCAGCUGGGCACUUAGCCCUACUUAAUGUAGACUGAGUCUACCAUAGAGUCUUAGAACAAUGAUGAUCUAAAGCUGGAGCAACUGAGCAACCUGCUUUACUUUGCCAAUGUAACUUUGCUGCAGUUCUAUCACAAGUUUGUACUAUCAUGUUUAUUAUCUUUCUACAUGAGCCGCAGUGGUUAGUAUGCAGUACUGCAGGCUACUUCUGCUGACUGCCAGCUGCCUUUAAUCUGACAGUUCAAAUCUUACCAGGCUGU